CCGCCUUUUGUUUCUUUUUUCUUCAUUAGUUACUUAAAUGCUGACCGAGGCAUGUGGGCUGAUGGAAUCGGAGGUGCGAGACCUGACUGCCCUUAUGCCAUCUGUCCCAACUCUCCCUGCUCUCCCAACACCCAAAAGCGGACCUCCACAGUGGAACCCAAUCAUGGACUUUAACCCCAGCCCUCCAUACCCGGCUCUGCCCUCACCUUUCAUCAAGCAGGAGCCUGGCUGGGGGGCAGUGGACACCCAUGAUGACCCACACUGCACCUUCGGGGCCUUCACUGUGCACUUCUCAGGGCAGCUGUCUGCAGGAGGCUGCAGGUAUGGGACGUUCCCUGAACCGAUGAAUGGACAAAGCAGAGUGCUCAGCAGUGGCCCGUAUAUAAGUAUGGAUAAUCCUCUAACCCAGACAGAUUUGGGUGGCACUCCAGGUUUCCCCCAGUCUGCCAGCCACCCCUCUCAUCCGUUUCCCUGUUCUCACCAUUUUAAACAUGAGGACACUUUGCAGUCCACUGUAGAUGAGCAACAGUACCUGACGCCACCCCCUGCCUAUGGGUGUCAUGCCCCCACAGACAGCCAGACUCUGCUGUUACGAAACACCUAUAACAGCGGUGAUAAUUUGUACCAAAUGACGGAAUGUCUGCCCUUGAACCCUGUCAACCAUCUGUCAUCAAACAUCAAGAGUCCAAGUUCAGGGUUCGAGAAUUCACCAGCCACCGCUCCUGUAAUGUUCGGCUGCAGCACACACUGCAGGACACACGAAGUGUUCAGAGAAACACAGGAUGUGAAGCGACUCAGCAUCACUCCCUCCACAGUGAGGUCGGCUGAGCCAAAUGAGAAACGACCAUUCAUGUGUUCAUAUCCAGGCUGCAGCAAAAGAUACUUCAAAUUCUGCCAUCUGCAGAUGCAUGGCAGGAAACACACAGGAGAAAAGCCCUACCAGUGUAACUUCCCAGACUGUGGGCGCAGGUUCUCCAGAUCAGACCAGCUAAAGAGACACCAGCGCAGACACACAGGAGUGAAACCAUUUCAGUGCGAGACGUGUCAGAGAAAGUUUUCUCGCUCGGACCACCUGAAGACUCACACUCGGACUCAUACAGGUAAAACAAGUGAGAAACCGUUUACCUGCCGCUGGCUGAACUGUCAGAAGAAGUUUGCUCGUUCAGAUGAGCUGGUCCGACACCACAGCAUGCACGAGAAGAACAUCACCAGACUGCCGUCACCUCUCUGAGGAACCUAAAGCUUUCAGAGAUACACGGCUCAUCCAGCAGAGUGACAACAGAACAACUUCUGUCCAUGAAGUUAUAUAAGAGAAAAUAUUUAAGUACGAUGAACCAGAAGAUUCGAUGGUCUGAGUAAAUGUAUAAUUAAAUGGCUAAUAAUAUACCUUUAUCUUGACGAUGGACUGGUUUACUUCAAUAAAUCAUGUCCUUUUUGAUCAUUACUGAUUUCAUCUGUUUCAUUUUUGUAUA